AUGCUCAAGAUGAUGACCUUCUUCCAAGGCCUCCCGGGAGAGCGGCCUGUGCCGGGGGCCCUAGAUUUUUCCACAGGCCCCAAAAAGCUGCCCUCGACAUCAGAAGGGGAGUCUGAGGCCUCCGUGUCAGAGGCUUCCUCUGAGGACCUGGUGCCAUCCCUAGAGAGAGCAGGCGCCCUGGAUGAGGAGGGGACUGCAAAGAAGAAGAAGUCAAAAGGCUUGGCCACUAUGUUCGGAGUGUUCAAAGGAAAAAAGAAGAAGGGCCAGUCCAGCUCUGAGGACCCAGAGGCCACACCCAAGCCCAGCUCUGAGCACGAAGGCCGGCUGCCCACAGUGGAGGAGCUGAAGGCGCAGCUGGAGCGCGGGCAGCUGGAGGCGGCGCGCCCACUGCUGGCGCUGGAGCGCGAGCUGCUGGAGGCGGCGGCGGGCGGCGCGGAGAGCGCGGAGGAGCUGGUGCGGCGCCAGAGCAAGGUGGAGGCGCUGUACGCGCUGCUGCGAGACCAGGUGCUGGGCGCGCUGCGCCGGCCGCUGGAGGCGGCGCCCGAGCGGCUGCGCCAGGCCCUGGCCGUGGUGGCCGAGCAGGAGCGCUCGGAGGCCGAGCGCACCUUCCUGCACAUGGGCCGCACCAUGAAGGAGGACCUGGAGGCCGUGGUGCAGCGCCUCAAGCCGCUCUUCCCCGCCGAGUUCCACGUGGUGGCGGCCUACGCCGAGAGCUACCACCAGCACUUCGCCGCCCACAUGGCCGCCAUGGCGAAGCUUCAGCUGGACAAGCGGGACACCUACAUGCUGCUGCUCUGGGUGCAGAACCUCUACCCCAAUGACAUCAUCAAUAGCCCCAACUUGGCGGGUGAACUGCAAGGGGUCAAGCUGGGGAGCCUCCUUCCCCCAAGGCAGAUCCGGCUGCUGGAGGCCACAUUCCUGUCCAAUGAGUUGACCAGUGUGAAGGAGCUGAUGGCCCGGGCCCUGGAGCUGGAGUCGCAGCACUGGGCCCAGGAUGUGCCACCACAGAUUCUGAAUGGCCACUGUCACAGCGAACUCGCCAUCGAUGUUAUACAGAUUGUCUCCCAGGGCCAGGCUAAAGCUGAGAACAUUUCUGCUGAACUUGGGGGGCAGAUGAGGCAGUUGUUGCUGGUGGAGCUGGCUGCAUUCCUCAGGAGCUACCAGAGCACCUUUGCUGAGUUUCUUGAGAGGGGCAGACAGAAGAGAAACUACAGGGACAAUGUCAUUGCCAACAUCAACAACUGCCUGUCCUUCCGGACGUCCAUGGUGCAGAGGUGGCAGAGCCUACAGGACACCCACAGCCACAUGCUACGCCCCCUGGACGAGCUCAAGACCCGCGGCUUUGAUGUCCUGCUCCAGAGCCUGUUCUUAAACUUGAAGCCGCUGUUCAAGAGGUUCACACAGACCCGCUGGGCAGCCCCCGCGGGCAUCCUGGAGGAAAUCCUCACCGUGGUGGCCCAGAGGCUGCCUGAGUUCUUAGGACUGCAGGAGUGUCUCCUGGAGGAGCUCGUGGGGGUCGUGCACCUUCACCUGGUGAAGGAGUACAUCAUCCGUCUGAGCAAGCGACGCCUGGUCCUCAAGACCCCAGAGCAGCAGCAGCUCCUGGCACAACACGUCCUCAACAAUGCCGACCACAUUCAGAGCUUCUGUGCUGAGAAAGGCUCCAAGGCAACCUGGCUGGACCCUGCCCUCCCCAAGCUGGCUGAGAUCAUCCGCCUGCAAGACCCCAGCGCCAUCAAGAUUGAGGUGGCCACUUAUGCGACCUUGUUCCCCGACUUCAGCAAAGACCAUUUGAGUGCCAUCCUGGCCAUCAAAGGCAACCUGUCCAGCAGUGAAGUCCGGGGCAUUCGGAACAUCCUUGACGUUAACAUAGGGUCGAGAGAGUCCACUCACUCCCUAUUUUCGCUUAUAAAGAUUGGUUAG